GCGCAGAAUUUGCACGCGAAAUCAGAAAAUUCGACCAUGCCUGCAGUUUUGGCCUCGAUUUCCUGUCGGCUGUCAGAAGUCAGCUGUUUGCGUUGUUAUUUCUCGAUGUCACGGCUUGUUGGUAUUUAAUAUUGAUACCUAUUAGUACCAAUACAACCAGCGCAAUAUCCCGCAAUCCCAUUAGCAUGACCAAUUAGCAUUUGGCAGGUUAUAAUGGUGCAGGCAGUUCCUCAAGGCACAGACAAUCGCGAUUCGUGAUUAUUCCAUUCCAGGUUUUCCAUGUCGACACUUCGACAGAUAGGCAACAUGGGCGAGCGGAACUGCAACGCCAAACUCCAAGCCAUUGCGACGAUCGGAUUCGACGCUUUCGUGGAUGUUACCACCGAACCCGUCCUCGCUGACGACAAUGCCUUGACAUUGGUCGGCCUGGAAGACAAUUUCCUCAAGCCCAAUCGCAUGCAGGCACCACAGCCGUGUUUGAUGGACCAUCCGAAAUUACUCGCCAAUAACUUCCAUUUCCUGCAAGGCAUCGAUACCGAGCACGCCGUUUUAUCGCACGAGCUGGCCUUCGCUGAUGGUGUGGCGACGCGAAGUAAUCCGACAACGCUGGAGAACCUGCGGACCAAACUGACAACAUUGCCUCCGAAUUUCUCGGCUUUCAGCGCAGAACAACAGGAAGCCUUCUGCCGUCUGGUGGACGCAGCCGAAGUCAAACACGUCCUAAAGUACGAGUUGAAAAAGAAGGAGAAGCUAAUUCGGGAUUUGGAGCUCAAGUACUUGACCACGGAUUUCGGUCUGGGAAAUGUGGUGAACGGGUGGGAUCUGCCGCAUCCUGGUUACGCAACGGAGCGCCAGAUGAGCACGGCGCGCAGUAAUCGACGGAAGAUUAAGGAUUCCGAUCGCAUCUUCUCGGCGUCCUCGGUGAUGUCAUUCAUCAGUGCGACGAAGCUGUCACGCGCGAAACAGACGGAAUCCAGGAAGAAGAAACGGGAGGUGGAGAAGAUCCGCAGACUGCGCAAGAAGCAGAUGCAUAUUCAGCGGCAGGGCUUGAACGCGGGGCGCGAUAAGAAGGUGGUGGAAAGUGAGGAUGAUGCGGUGGCAUUGGGUGCUAAGGCGUACUCGUGGUUGAAGGAGAAAAAGAGAGAAACCCCGAAGGAUGAACUGCUGUCGCCGGCGACAAUUGCUGCGGGAUCCUCUAAGAAAAAAGCUGGUUCGGGUGUGAAAAAGUCUAAGAAUCUCGGUGGAGAACGAGAAGCUCCCGCUACUGGUAAGCAUCCGCUGAUGAUCAGUGCGCCACCAGCACCUGCGACCCAAAGUGCACCGGUGAGCAAACCUGAUAAGCCGGUGGAGACGGGUCAUCGUCUGCGAACGCUGCUGACCAACAAGACGCCAAGGCCGGCUGCUGCCGCAUUUCUUAACGGGUUCGACAGUCCUCCGCCUCCAACUCAACGAGAGCAAAGCGGUAUUAAACUGAAAAUCUCCAGAACCCGGUUCGACAUGCCGAUGAGGGGCGAUACAGCUUCCCGCAGUCCAACGGCAUCCAUAUCCGCACUAGAUAGCAAUCCCGAGACGCCCAGCGCUCCCGGUUUCGCUUCGGGUCUUUCUAAGCGCCACCGUGGUCGUCCUCCACGCCGGCCCAACUAAGCUGUGCAUACAAACAUGCUCAUAACCGUACGAUGAUAGGUGAUGAUGGCCUUACAUUCUCGUUUUGGAGUUUUACUAGAAUAUUACGCUACUGAUCUUUUUUUCGUACCAUGUAUUCUCUUCCAGAAUACUACGCACUGCCUACUACGUUUGUAGUAUAUUUCUCUUAUCUCAUAUCUCCAUAUGUUCCUGGUAUUUUCUGUUUCCUAAUUAUUGUUAAUUAAGGGUUCUGACCGGUUGGUCUUUUCUAUGGUAGAUUGGUUUAAUUUGGUAGUAAGUACAAAAAUAUUCUGUUGUACAAGUACGUCUUUUGUUCGAGCGCCUUAAAGAUUAUUUCUAUUG